AUGCGGCUUCCUUCAUUCAUAUUAGACGCAGUUUCAUUUCGCAAGAUCGAAGAAGAUCCCGGCCCACCGCCUGAUGGUGGCACUCGCGCAUGGCUUCAAAUCCUUGCAGGUCAUCUCAUCAAUGCCUUGACAUGGGGUUAUUCUGCUUCGUAUGGAGUUUACCAGCUUCACUAUACCACCACUUUGAAAUUGCCACAAUCUCAAAUAGCAUGGAUUGGAUCAAUUCAAAUAUUUCUAACAUUCUUUGUUGGGACUUUUUCUGGUCGCUCUGCCGAUGCCGGUUAUGCGCAACACACUGCUCUGUUAGGCUCGUCGCUUCUCGUGUUUGGAACGUUCAUGACUAGUCUCGCGACAACUUAUUGGCAGAUAUUUCUGGCUCAGGGCUUAUGUACUGGUCUUGGCAUGGGUCUCUUGUACAUGCCCGCUGUAGCUGUUAUUGGAACAUAUUUUGCGAAAAACAAAGCUAUGGCACUAGCAACUUCGGCGUCUGGUAGUGGUAUCGGGAGCAUUAUAUUUCCUCUUAUCGUACAACUACUUGAGCCAAAGAUAGGGUUUCCUCGCGCGGUACAAAUCCAGGGUUGUGUUGCGUUAGCACUCGCUAUAGUCAUCAACCUUCUUCUACAUCCCAGACUACCACCUCGAAAGUCUGGACCGAUUGUUGAAUGGAGCGCUUUUCUAGAGCCAGCUUAUACACUCUUUACAAUAGGCACAUUCCUCAUAUUUUGGGCGUUAUACUUCUGUUUUUUCUUCAUCAAUACUUAUGCAACGACAAUCAUUGGUCUUUCUGAUGAAUCAGCCGUAUAUCUUCUCAUUGUCGUAAGCAGUGUUGGUAUACCCAUUCGACCUCUGCUUGGUUUUGCUGCCGAUCGAUACUUCGGUGCCCUUCCAACCCUAAUCGUCAGCUCUUUUGCUUUAGGAGUAAUGCUAUAUGCUUGGAUUGGAAUUCACUCGGUGCCGAGUAUGUAUAUUUGGUCUGUUCUCUAUGGUCUGGCGACAGGAGCCACCCAGGGUGUUUUCGUCGGGGGACUCGCAUCAUUAACGACUGAUCCAAGUAAGAUGGGUACGAGAUUUGGAAUGGUGUGCUCCGUGCUGGCGUUUGCAACGCUGGCUGGGCCACCAACAGCUGGUGCUUUGAUCCAGGCUGAGGAUGGAAAGUUCACUUGGGCAGAGAUAUGGGCAGGUACUGUGACUAUCGUGGGAGGUCUUUUUAUUGUUGGUGCAAAAUGGAUGCAGCGAUUGGCAUUUCGACGAAGCCAAGCUCAUGAGAUGCAGACAAGUGCAUCUCAAGGGUUCACUGUGUAA